UUGUGGAGAAGCAGUUAGGAAAAAGUAUCAAGUCAUUACGAUCCGAUCGUGGUGGUGAAUAUCUCUCGAAUGAAUUUAGGAACUACUUGACGGAUAAUGGGAUUACGUGCCAGCUGACUGCGCCUGGCACGCCUCAGCAGAAUGGCGUAGCAGAACGGAUGAACAAGACUCUUAUGGAAAUGGUUAGGGCAAUGAUGAGUUAUAGUAGUUUACCAGAUUCAUUUUGGGGAUAUGCCCUAGAAAUGGCGGUGUACAUUCUGAAUAGAGUACCUUCUAAAUCAGUACCAUCUACACCAUCAGAGUUGUGGUCUGGGCAUAUACCUAGUGUAAGGCAUCUCAGGAUUUGGGGUAAUGCAGCACAUGUGCUGAGAACCGAUACUGAUAAGUUGGAACCGAGAUCAGAAGUAAGGUUGUUUGUGGGAUAUCCUAAGGAAAUGAAAGGUGGUCUAUUUUAUAGACCCGAGGACCAGAAAGUAAUCGUUAGCAUGAAUGCUAGGUUCUUGGAAGAAGACUAUGUCUUAGAUCAUAAACCCAGUAGUAGACAUGUUCUUGAGGAGUUAAAGGGAGUGAGUACUUCAAUACCGAGUGCGCUAGUUACACCACAAAGUACUGCAACACGUAUCGCUGAUGAUGCACCUAAGCAGGUAGUACCUCGUCGUAGUGGGAGGGUUGUCCGGCAGCCCGAACGGUUCAUGGGUCUGGGACAGUCUUUUGAGGACAUCCCAGACGUUCUUGAAUCCGACCCAUGGACAUACAAUGAGGCACUCAAAUAUCGGGACGCAGAGUCUUGGCAAAAGGCGAUGAAAUCUGAAAUAGAGUCAAUGGACACUAAUCAGGUCUGGGAUCUUGUAGAGCCACCCAGUGGCGUUCGCGCUAUUGGAUGUAAGUGGGUCUAUAAGAGAAAGAGAGAAGCAGAUUGGAAGGUUGAGACCUUCAAAUCUAGGCUUGUUGCGAAAGGGUACACUCAGAAAGAAGGGAUCGAUUAUGAGGAAACCUUUUCACCGGUAGCCAUGCUCAAAUCCAUCAGGAUUCUCUUGACUGUGGCCGCUCAUAUGGAUUAUGAGAUUUGGCAAAUGGAUGUUAAGACCGCUUUCCUUAACGGGAAUUUGGACGAGGACAUCUAUAUGCAGCAACAAGAAGGAUUCAUUGCAAAGGGCCAAGAGCAUCUG